AUGUCCGCGGGGUUUGACGGCUUGAAGCUGCCAAAGGCGUCGUCGUCGAAUGCUGAGCUUGCGCCCCGUCUUCAGCAGUUGCAUUCAGCCAGGCAGCCAUUUGUCGCGUCUUCUGACGCGUCUGGAAAGUCUCUGGGAUUUCCAUUGCGCGAUGUUGCUACACAAGCGCGUCAGUCGCUUGUCGCCAACAAAGUUGCCGGUCCCAAUUCACCUUCGGCCAAGCCGCCCAGCACGAUUGGCAACGGCGGACCCAGGCAAGAACAGCAGAGGGACAUUUUCCGCGGAUUCUCAGCUGGCUUGGAGGGCUUUGGACGCGCUCGGAUGGACCUUGCUCACGCCCAGGACCAAGCCGCUAAAAAGGCGAGCUUUUUACAAACGCUGGGCAAUCAACAAUCAAAUACGAAACGCUUCCUGAAACCAAAAACUCCGCUCUUGACGCGUAACGCUGCACAACCAGCUCCGACACCCACUCCAACUGCUCCAACGCAAUGGGACGCGUCGAUGAACGACCCUGACGCGUCUAAACAAGAUUCUGUCCCUCCUCCUAGUCUCCAAAGAGCAUGCAGUGUCACCGCGUUUGGUAGGAGCUCCACCCCGGCAUUUGAAGGUGAUUGCGAAGUCGAAGCUCCAGCCGACUACGAUGUGCUCCAUUCUUUGCUCCGCUCUCAACAGAAGAAGGAUAGGAUUCUGAGGGAUAGGGAAGGGCAAAUAGCGGGACUUGAACAAGAGGUAGACGACCUCAAGAGCGCAAAAAGGUCGCUCGAGGCUUCCAUUCAGCGUGUCAAGCAAGAAGCGAAAGCCUGCAUCCAAAAGUGUAAUGAGCACAUCCAGGCAGCGCAAGCAGAGACAGAGGCUAUUCGUCAAUCAUCCCAAACGUCGCUCGCGCAGUGUCUCGACGAACUUCGUAGGACUGCACCCCAGGUCGACGAACUCAAAGCCGAGUUGGUGAAUCGAGUACAAGAAGUCGAAUCUCAGCUGGUGGAAGAACGUCAACAUCGCACAGAACUCAUGAGGGAUUUAGAUUUUGCUCAUAUCUCACUAGCCAAACAUGACGCGGAUUUCCUUCGUGACAAGCUAGAGGUGACGGUAUCGAAUUUGGCCGACUCGAAGACUCGCACGGCAGAAUUAGAACAGCUCUCCCACAAAGCCGAUGCGACCCUCAAGCACACGCUCAAGAUGCUAGAGACCACCCAAUCCGAGCUGUUUGCAACGAGGAGGGCUGUCACGAAAGCUACCGAAGAUGAACACCUACUGCAAGCCGCCGAGGAAGAGCUGACGAAAGAGCUCGCCGCCCUUCAUCAGCGUUACGACGAAGCGCAGAUGACUGUGCAGUCGCAGAAGACCGACCUCAUGGCACGCCAGCGAGAGAUCGACACUCUUCACGCGUCUCUCAACGCGAGUAUUGAGAAGGUUGGCAGUCUAGAACAUGUCUCGAAAGCUCUCUCCGAAUUACAAGAGGUAUACCGCCAAGAAAGCCUGAAACUCGCCGUCCUACAAACGCGAUACGACGCGAAGGUCCAAGAGCUUGACAGUGCCAAGGAGCAGAUCGAACGUAACGCAAGCCUCCAAACGCAACUAGAGGAAGCUCGGCUUCGCUGCGCUUCCUUCGAGUCUCAGCAUGAAGAACAUCAAGUCAGCUGCACUGCUCAAAAGGAACGUUUAGAGACGCUUGAACAAGAGUUGGACCUGGUUCGCUCUCAACAUUCUUCUUCAUUGAUAAAACUCGAGGCGACAAUUAAGGAGCUCCAGCGAGCGGAAGAGCGCCUAGAGGACAACAAAGUAUUAUACCGCUCUGCUCGAGAGGAUGCCAUCAAGCUGCAGGACGAAAUCGACAAGCUCCAAGAAUCGGCAGCGACUACCGCACAAGCCGAGGUUGCUCGUGUCAAGGCUGAAAAUGCGAGAUUAGAGGCACAGCUACACGAUGACCCCGAGAAGCUGGAAAUGAAGUCUCGGAUCCAAGAGUUAGAGGAUACGUCGAUUAAGGCAAGAAACGCCAGUACAAUCAAGAUCCAAGCACUCGAAGGAAAGCUCAGUGUCUCCGAGGCGACGAUCAAAGGAACUUCGUUCAUCAGGGGAUUUGCAUGCUCAGCAACUAAGCACGGCACAUACGCAGAAGGAAAAUCUGGUGGAAGAGAUCAGAAAACUCACUUUACAGCUGCGUCCCAGAAGGCUGAGCUGAACAACAUGACGGUUAUAACAAACCUUCAGCAGAGCAACGAAAAUCUAGUUGCCCUCCAAGAACAAGAGCGUGAGAGAGCUCAAGCGGCUCAAUUGGCGCAUCAGGCUUCAAAGUUCGAUCUACAGACAACCCUCAAGGACCGGGAUGAGCGCAUUCGACUGUUCAAGGAAGAAAACACCAAGCUCAUCCAGGCCGCCGAUCAAGCUCGUAACGAACUAGAAAAGGCAAAUGAGCGAUGGGCUACGGUUGGACAACGAAUGGACACGCUCACUCAUGGUAUCAGCCAAGCUGCAGAAGAUAUCAAAAGCACGAGAGGCAUUGCAUCAGAGAUUGCGAAAGCGCAAGAAAGCGUUGCCAGCCACAAUAUUGCUCAAGAGGUUGAGAACACGACGAAAGAACUCCAAAUGCAGAUCAAGGCGCUCACAGAACGCAACUCUUUUCUCAAGGAGCAAGCAGCCACGAUGGUUCAGCGUCACAAAGAUGGUCGACUGAACGCUGAGGAGGCCGCACUCGUCAAAGAGGUGAUCCAGUCGACCUUGCAGAUCGGCGAGAGGGACUCGAUUCAGAAGGCAAAUGAUAUCAAACGACGUGAUGUUAUCAUUCAGACGCUGCAAGCGAGGGUACAAGAUCUCGAGAAGCAGCUCGCGACACAACUGGACAAGCGAUCUGCAGGUCAAUUGAUGACCACCAAAGACAUCUGGAGCUCCUCGCCUCUUACCCAGCCGGACGACGGUAUAAACAAGACGGAUCAACAACGAUCGAAACAACCCAUUGAUGCAACGACAUCGACUACUGUGCAUGUGCACAAGCACGUUACAACUGAUACUCGCCAAGAUCAAGGCACUUUCUCUCACCUGAACCGGGAAUCCUCUGAAGAACAUGACGCUGAUGAGAUUCGUCCAUUCUCUGACCCGAUUUCAACCACCAAGAAGAGGAAUAUCUCUCAAGAUAUUGUUGAAGCAGUGAUGAACGAGGACGGAUAUCCGAAGUCUCCUGAACGGCGCCUUUCAAGGUCUCCUAUACGACGUGCGUUGAAGAGAGGGCGCGAGAGUGCAAGUUUCGACGCAGACGCUGGAACGACGGCUGAUACCAGUGGGACGGCCAAUGUGCGGGCAACGAGGAAACAAAAGAAAUCUCUUGGUGCUCAAGAGGGGAGAACGAUACUGGGGAUCGAGUAUUCUCACAGGAGUCGGACUCAGAAGGGCAACAGAAAUGCGGGUAACGGCGGUGAGGCGGCAUCGAACGCGGUAGCAGUAGCAAGGUAUAAAGCGGCUCAGCGCGGUAAACUUCGUCGUUGA